AUGUCCCAGCCUCCCCGGCUGCGUCAGCCAGGGCGAAACGAGGCAGGAAGCUGUCGCCAACAUCAAGGAGGCGAUUGA